UCACCCACCCACGUCCCUGCCACAGCAGCCUGGGCCCCGCUUCUCCCUCCUGUGGGAGCCCUGCGGUACCGCCGGGAGCAGGGGCGGGGCCGGCGAGCAGUUAUAGUUGGAUCCACCGGCGCUCUGCUCCCCGACACGCAGUACUGCAGGGCGCCGGCACCCAGUUCUUUUCCUCCUGGCCUGCCCCGCCGGGCGGCCGUCUGCACGAACACCCUGGCGCGGGGCACCGGGGUGCGGGGCCCUGCGGGCCGGCCGGUGCGCGCAUUGCUGCUGCUGCUGAUGCUGUCGCUGCCCGCUGGCGCCUGGUACAAGCACGUGGCGAGUCCCCGCUACCACACGGUGGGCCGCGCCGCGGGCUUGCUCAUGGGGCUGCGCCGUUCGCCCUACAUGCAUCGCCGCGCGCUGCGCCCCGCUGCCGGAGCCCUGGCCUCGGACACCCAGGGCCUGGGCGCGUCCCCGGAGUGGCCAUCUGCCGGAGACACCCUCCCUGCGGCGCCCGACCCCCGCGCUGCUCUUCUGCUGCCCUCUGAGGUUCGCGAACUGUUGGGGCCAGGACGCAGGCACUCCUGCGCCGGGCGCCGGGUCAGUGCGCCUUGGAGCUGGCGCGCCCGCGCGGCCGCGCCGGAGCUGGAGCCAGGGCUGGGCGCCGGUUCCCGGACCUCCGCGGAGCAGGCCAGAGCCUUCAGAGAGUCUCCUGUUCAGCGACGGUCUGCCCAGCGCACCGCGUUCGCGGGACCCCACCGCUCUCCAGGGCUAUCCUGAGCGCAGCGCCUGCUGGCAACGCCCCUUCUCCUGAUCCAGGCAGAGUCGAUUAGUCCUCCAUGGACAGCUCUGGUCAAUAAAUUUGCCUGGUUCAUGUGCCCCCA